AAAAUUUUUUAUGGGCGAGCGAGUUAAAGAUAUGGACGAGUAUUCGUUGAUCAAUUCCUUCAUUUGUUUAGAAUGAGGCGAUACACUGAUUCUUUUCCUCUGCUAUUCUUUUUGAUUCCCUCUUCUUACUCUUGUCAUUUUUCUCUGUUCUUUCAUCCUCCCUAUUAUUCUUCUACACGUUCGAAGAUGUCAGAAAAUUUGAUGAAUGGUAAGUGCCGUAGAUCUGGUAAUGGUAGAUGAAUGAUCCCAGUUCUAUUCUACUCCGGAUGGUAAUUGUUUUUGGCCAUUUAAUCCUCUUCCUUCUUGCCAUUCAUUUUUUCUUUCUGUGAAUAUUCUUCUUCCUCUGUGUUUUUUUGGUUUUAAAGUUGAAAUUGCAGCGCUCGCUGUAAGGUUCUGACUACGUAAAGCAGUUACAAUGGAUAUAAAAGGAUCUCUAAAGGCCUGAGCUAAAGGUUAUGGAGGAAUCAGUGUCCACAAACAAAAUGCUUAGAACAGAGGAAGUUAAGGACAGGAUCAGUGAUUUGCCGGAUUCUUUGCUUCUGCAUAUUCUCUCUUUUCUUCCAGCUAAAGAAGCUGUUGCUACGAGCCUCUUAUCCAAGAGAUGGAGACCACUUUGGCCUUACCUUCCAACUCUUGACCUGAGACGCCAGGACUUUGAGAGGCUUACAUUCUUCCAAAAAUUUGCAGACAAUAUGCUCAAAUUUGCAGAUUUGAAGUCUGUCAAAAAGUUCGUUCUUUGGUUCGGUUCCGAUAAACCGUGUGAGUAUGUUAGACCUCGGACGAUUAGUAAGUGGAUUAAUGUUGUGAUUGGUUAUAAGAUUGAAUAUCUGGAGCUACAUUUGAAGCCCUAUAAUGGUGACUAUGAGUUGCCCUCAGGUAUUUUCACUAGUAAUAGCGUCAAGGUUUUGAACUUGAGUACAGGAAGUUUUUGGUGGACUAGUGGCGUAACAGUGGGCACUCUUUCUCAUGUUAAUUUGCCUUUACUUGAAGCAUUGCAUCUGGAGAAUGUUAAAUUUCUAGAUUUUAGAAGUUUGGGAAUGCUUCUUUCUUCAUGUCCUUUGCUCAAGCACUUGGUAGUAAAAAUUUUGCAUUUGGCCAGUUACUGUCCACUUGACAUCGGAAGACUUAAGCAUUUGGUCACUGCAGAAGUUCCACAAUCACUUCUUCCAUUGGAAGUUUUGUCUAACGCUGCAUUUCUAUGCUUCCGAUGGCAUAAUUUUUCACAGAUCAACCCCGAUAUUCCCACAUUUCAUAAUUUAAUCCGCUUGGAAUUUGAAUAUUAUUCUCAUGACUGGAAAACAAUAUUGAAAUAUCUGCAAAGCUGUCCCAAGCUUGAAAUUCUUGUGAUUGAUCAGUUUGCUUGUAGCGAAAGCUUGGAACCAACGAUUAUUGAUGUUCCUCAGUGUGUUUCAUCAACCUUAAAGGAAUUUCAUCUUGGCAGCUACCGAGGCAAGAAUUGUGAAUUUGAACUUGCAAGAUUUAUUAUGAAGAAUGCAUUGGUUUUGAGGAUCAUCUCAGUUAGCAGGGAUUUUUGUUCAAGAGUAACUUGGAAGAACAAGAUCCUCAAGAAAAUAUCAUCAUGUCCCAUGAGCUCAGUGAAUUGCAGGCUUUUGCUGAAGUGAACUGCCAAAAUUUAGUUUGACGGUAUUAGAAGUUUCUAUUCCUUUUUGGAAGUUAUCCCUUCCUAUCCAUCCUGGGUAAAUUUGAAGUCUUGAUAGAGCUUAUUUCUUUUGUGCUUCUGUUAAAAAAAUGUUGAUUCACAUUGUCUUUAUCAUUAUCACCAUCAUCAUUAUAAACAAAUGCAAGAGUUUUGAUGACAA